AGGAGGUCCAGCGCCUCGUGGUGCAGCAGCAGCGCGGGGUGGACGAGGAGCUGGAGGUGCUGCGCAGGCAGUUUGGCCGCCAGGAGGACCUCUUCGCGCAGUUCGAUGCCCGCCAGCGCGGCGUGCCGCUGCAGCGGCCGAGGCGGCGCGACAGGGAUCCGAACGAGACGCGGUGCCCCACGUGUGGCCAGUUCAACACCCGCUACGGCGGCCUGAACCACGCCAGGUGCCGCACCUGCCGCAACUCGUACUGCCACCACUGCCUCAGGCGCAUCCAGGGCGUGGUCGCGAGCCACUUCAUGGGCGAGGGGGCGUGCCCUCAGCACGAGGCCCGUACAGAAGCCGCCGAGUAGCGCGCGGCCCGUGCAGGGGCAAAAGGUGGCAUCUCUGCAGGGUGCGAGUGUUCGGUCGACGGUCUGCCGUGUGCCUACGUGUGUGGGUCCGCCCAAAGUUGCAGCACACGUGGUUCGAGUCAUUCUUUAUUCCUCCUUUGAAGACUAUUUCGCAUAAGUUGUCCAGGAGGGUCAGGAGUAGCAUCA